AUGACACGCUUUUCGAAGAUAGAAGUGAAGCAUAUUGCGAAGGGAAACAACACAUUGUCGAUAGACGAAUACAGCGACCACAAUACCCUGAGCCUUUGGCUGUUUCCACCGCACGACUCUCUGGGUUUGGAAUACCAUAAACGUGCCGGUCCGGAAGGUCACGCGAGAAACUACGAAGCCCAGUUGCCAUUUGCAUCGCCCGCGCUGAUGUUCGAAUUUGUGAAUCGGUUCUUGCGGCUCCUGCCUCCACAGAAUUGCGAAUUCAGCGAGUUCCCGCUGACGCCUCAUGAGGAACAAAUUCGCCCCUUUGACACCUUGGACAUCUUCCAACUACCAUUCUCCGCUAACUACUCGUGCCAAGGGCCUGGUGAAAUGGUCGCACGGCUGAAGGCCACCCGACUGCUAUCGAGGCAACCAGAUCAGAUGAAGUUAGUGUUCGGCAACGGGUGCCAGAUAGAACCUGAACCCGAGGACGGAAGCCCCGGCUAUGGUCGUGUUUUGGAAGAGGUGUUACACAUCCCGCGUGUCAACUUCAGCCUAUUAUACUGGAGAACCGAUGCCUGGGAAGAAGCUAUUGAUACGCUGCUGGUGUUGCUUGACGCGGCACUGGUAAAGCACCGCCCAAUCGGCGAAGCGGCUCGCCUCUUGCACAUUUCCAUCGAGUUCCCCUCGUUUGACCUGCCAGAUUUGUUGGCAAAAUUCAAGCUUCCCGACCGACUGUUCGCCUACCUUCAGCGCCCAGAUAUUCCCAGCCGUGGCGUUGUGCAAAUUUUGUCGUGCGAUGAUACAACUGUUCCCGGCAUCAGGUUUGUCCAGUUUCUGGUGACAGUCGCCCAAAACUACGCUGGCGGCACCGCGCAGAUGUUUGCGGAGCGACCAUCACAACAGCACAAUGACGACGAAGAAUAUGUGCUGGAGUGGCCAACUGGUGGAAAC